UUUUUAAUUGUUGUUCACAGCUAUCUGCUAAGGACAAGUCAAGAUGACUGACAGUCGAGACCAGUGCAGUUGCUGCAGCCAAGUCUUUAUAAUCUAUCCCAAAUUAGGUGGGCGACAAGCAAAUGAACAUUAGCACAGACACUGUGGCCUAAUGGAGAGUGGGCAAAGUACGGAGAUGAAGGCCUUCAGUAGAAGAAACAGCAGUUGGAAGAAGUCAUAGAGGAUUUGGAGGAGACGCUUUCUCGCUCCAAGAAAAUGGCUGCACAAUCCCCAACAGUCAGUGAGCUUCCCUUGGAGGAGCUACUGGCUUUAUAUGGAUAUCAAGUAUCCAAUCCACAGAAGGAAACAUGUCCUAUAACCACCACUCUGCCAGAUAUGACUCUGGAUAAGGAUCAGAAGACGAAGGACCUGUUUCAUGGCAAGAAAGAGAAACAAGCUUCAGCCUAUGAUCUCACCUCCUCAAACACCUCAGAUUUGCUGCCCAGCCUCCAGGACAGAUACAAAGCGACGACUGUCAGCUCAUCAGACGACGACACUGAUGAUUCUUCUAUUCCGUCCAAUGAAGAGCACAAGGAAAUCAUGGUCGGCUCCAUGUAUCAAGCAAAAAUCCCACCAAUAAAUCCACAUUUAUCUGAGGAGAGAGCUUACAACCACGACGACCAGGUGCUGUGGAGGCCCGAGGUUUUGCCUGUACAGGAAGUAGAGAAAUUUUUGCAGAAUGUACAGAGACUUUGUGGCAAGGAGGGGGCGGUAUGGACCCAAACAGCCACUAUCCAAGACAAUGAGCAGGCACUGUAUGAACUAGUGAAAUGCAACUUCAAUGCAGAAGAAGCACUGAGACGGUUACGUUUCAAUGUGAAAGUAUUCAGUGAGGAGCUGUGUUCUUGGAGCGAGGAGGAGUGUAGGAACUUUGAGAAUGGCUACCGUGUUUAUGGGAAAAACUUCCAUCUCAUUCAGGCUAAUAAGGUACGAACUCGCUCCGUUGGUGAGUGUGUGGCAUAUUACUACAUGUGGAAGAAAUCGGAGCGCCACAUGUUCUUCACCCAGCAGGCCACAAGGGUGAGCCGAAAAAAGUACAUCAUGCAGUCGGAGAACAUUGAGGAUGGAGACCAGGAUGGAGAGGGUGGAGAUCUCGAGGGAAGCAACAAUUCUUUGGGGUUACUGUCACAGAUCUCAAUAACCUCUGGACAAAUGGAGUCCCGGUUUCCUUCAAGUACAAGUCUGGAUCUAAACAAACAAGACGGUGAGCUGGUGAUGAGUCUGUCCGAGCUGUGUCCCGACGAAUGUCCUCAGCAGCUCUUCGACUGUCCGUUCUCUUACCCAUCCAUGGACGAACUUGGAGACGCUGCCUCGGAUCGUCCCUCAGCUCCGGUUCAGCUCCAGUCUCAGCCCUCUGACCAGUGCUCUGAGUGGGGCCGUGGAAACCCGCCGGCCCGCCUUGACGACGACCACGGCUUCCUGAACUCCUGUUUCUACCACCUGCAGAUGCACGGCAGGCCCUUCGUUUCUGACGGCCCUGGUUGUGGUGCCGCAGGCGGUGGGACUCACGCCCCCCGCAGGCUGCAGGUGGAAUUUAACCUUCCCUCCACCUCGGCUUCCUCGGCCGCUGUUCUCUCAUCAAACUUCCAGGCGUUUGGCAGCCUGCUGCACCCCUAGCCCUUUUAACAUUCGGGCAGAGUGUAAUGUACACAGAAGAAUAUCAUCCGUUUACUCUCUCUGCAGACAGAUAUUUAAUUGGUCAAACAGUUUUUACAUUUGAAAAAGAUGGAGCUGUUGCUCUGGAGGAGGCCUUACCAUCAACGUCCGUCCGUUGUUGAAUGCUGAGUGUUUAAUUUAUGACUGUCAGCCAUUGAUCGUGUUUAUAUCUAUUGAUUACAAUUUGUAACAACACAGUGUAGGGGAUGAAAGCUGCAGACCAGUUUUCUCAAUCACAUCAAUUUUCUGAGUCGUAACUUAUUCAGGUUUUUUUUUUCUUCUUAUCAUUAUUCCUGGGAAGAAGAAGUUGGGCAAAAGAGCCAGCAACUUGUUUGUCUUUUUUUCUAUCGCUUUUAUUGCUGCUGUUGUUUCAGACAAUUUUCCAUCACACACAACAGAUGCUCAAUCUUGGCAAGUUUUUUAUAUGGAAAUUAUUUCCCCCCCUCUUCCUCGACCCUGUCUGUUGUGUUUAGGUUUUCUAGCAGAACUUUUUCAUAUUUACAAUGAAACCUGUAACAAAAUUGUAUAUAUAGAUUUGUUUUAAACAUGAAGCCACAAAGCAGCUCUAUAACUCAUUAAAACUUCAUUCUACCCAUUUUAAUAAGUUGAUUAAAUUGUACUUGACAUGCGUGAAUCAAUUGGCCAGAGAACUGAGCCAAAUUUGACCCCGAUUGUCAAGUCAAAACCUUUAACCUGUGGGUUUUUUCAGUUUAUUAAAUGCAUAAUAAUGAGCUACACCCACUAUUUUCUGUCUACAAUGCAUCAAUCAACAACAUGAACUCUGCUGCACUAGCCUGCAUCGGCUUCUUUGUCUGAUUUUUGGUAAAUCAGAUGGAAAAAAAAUGUAUUGGUGCAUUCUUUUCCUUUUUUACAUCAAAUGUAAUAUAAACAGGUUUAUAUAUCUCUGACUUCUGUGUCUCCAUGUACAGUUUGUCAGUUCCUGCAAGAUCAUUGUGUACCUUAGCAUAUAAUGAGAAGCACUCGUCUUUGAACGGCUUCAUGUUUAAGGAUGAAGCCGGAUGAAGGAUGAAUGUUCUAGUCUGAAGGUAAAGUUCUCUUCUUCUUUGUUUUCAUCUGGUUCACAUUCCUUUCAGCCAAGGAGUGACCCGUCCUUUACUUCCAACCUGAACUUCUGGUUUCUGUCUGGGCGUUAUUUAUUAUUAGCUGAAUACUCCCAAUUUUCUUUUUAAAAAAAAUAAGAACAACUGAGUUAUGCACAUUUGCUAAUCAACAUUGGGAUCGUUAUUUCAUCAGAAUAUGUUUCAGGUUCAAACGGCAGCACUCAGGAAAUAUAUGUAGAGUAAAAAUUGUUGUUCAUGUCUGACUGGGACAAGCAAUGUCCCAGUCAGACACUUUAUUUGCUUAUUUAUCUAAUAAUGGUAAUAAGAGUUAAAAUGCCCUGUUUUAGUCAUGUUCAUAUUGUUUAUAUUUACGUGUUGUUGCAUUUUGCCGACUCUGAAAGAGCAAAAGGUUCCACAGAUGAACUGGACCCACUUCGUCUGUUUUCACUCAUUUCUUAUUUCCUUUUCUGACUGGCUGUGUGAUCCAUGUUGAAAUCAGAGUCCAUCUUUUUAUUUUAUUUUAUUUUUAAAAACACAGGUAAAGUGAAGACGGUGAAGACAGAAAAAAAAUUAGCGGAAAUCUUUUAUUUCCUUUUGUUCUUAAGAAUAUAUAUAUAGGCACAUACAUGUAUUCAAAUUAUAAAUUGCUUUCAUCAUAUUUCUUUUUAAAUAUAUUUUGUAAAUAAAAUGUGAAAUUAAACUUACCAGUGUAAACAUUAAACUGUACUGUUAUUUAAAUCACUCUGAAAUGAUGUAAUUGAUCUACUUGCAGUGUCCUGGCAUUUGCUUUAUUUGGUCCCUUUACUUAAAGAUGUAGUUUGGAUGGAGAGGUUAAAAAGAAUGGAAAAUGAUGUCAUUUUGCAAAAAUAUCAAUCACCAUUUAAUCCAGUUUCACCAUUCAGUGUACUUUAGUAAGACUAUCAGAAUCCCACAUCUUGGUUUGGCAAUAUCUGAGCAUGAAAGUUUUCCAAAUUUCUCAGAUUCUGUUCACACUGAACGUCCCACUAGAACAUUUUAAAACUGAAAUGUUAUGUCAUUUGAAGUCAUUCUUUUAUUAAUUUGAUAAUUUAUGCUGAUAAAUAAAAUCUCUAUCUUCAGUUUUCUAUCAGGCAUCUGAAGAUUUUGGGGUCAACGCUGCUAGAAAGUUAGAAACGUUUUAGAAAGUUUUAGUUCCAUCUGAAAAUAAAAUAACCCCAGAUCAAUAUUCUACCA